AUGGAGUCGACGGAAUCUUCCUACGUGUCUUCUCCCGAGGGACCGAGGAAGCACGUUACAUCGCCUCCUCCUAAAUCGCCUUCGCUAGAUUCCGAGGAGAAGCCAACAUAUAUUAGGUUUCUUGUAUCAAAUUCUGCUGCUGGUUCAGUUAUUGGAAAGGGUGGUUCAACUAUCACUGAGUUUCAGUCACAAUCUGGAGCACGAAUCCAGUUGUCACGUAAUCACGAAUUCUUUCCUGGAACUACUGAUAGGAUUAUCAUGGUAUCUGGUGCGAUAAAUGAAAUACUAACAGCUGUUGGACUUAUUCUUUCUAAGUUGCUCAGUGAGCUUCAUAGUGAGGAUGAGAAUGAUGCUGAACCUAAGACAAAAGUGAGACUCAUUGUUCCUAAUGGUUCAUGUGGUGGAAUAAUCGGAAAGGGAGGUGCAACCAUUAGAUCAUUCAUUGAAGACUCUCAGGCUGGCAUUAAGAUAUCUCCUCAAGAUAAUAAUUACUAUGGACAGAACGAUAGGCUAGUGACCCUGACGGGAACUCUUGAGGAACAGAUUCGUGCAAUUGAAUUAAUUGUUUCUAAGUUAGCUGAAGAUCCUCAUUAUGCACAGUCCAUGAAUUCUCCAUUUUCAUAUCCUGGUGUUUACUUCUCGGGCUAUCAGGGUGUACCAUACACAUAUGUGCUUCCAUCUGUUGCACCACCUGCAUACAAUGCAGUGAAUUACAGACCAAAUGGUGCUGGAGCAAAGUUACAGAAUAGCAAGGAGGAGCGGAGUAACUCGUUGACCAUGGGUGUUGCAGAUGAGCAUAUAGGAUUGGUUGUUGGUCGUGGUGGAAGGAAUAUUAUGGAAAUUAGUCAGGUUAGUGGUGCAAGGAUAAAGAUAUCAGAUAGAGGUGAUUAUAUUUCUGGAACAACUGAUAGGAAAGUUACCAUAACAGGAGCCCAGAGAGCAAUACGCACGGCUGAAUCUAUGAUAUUGCAGAAGGUUGCUUAUGCUACUGAGAGGGUGAUCGAGUAG